AUGUUUUCUCUGUUUGGGUUUUACUUAAUCCUCUUGUUGAGCCCAAUAUCAGAGGCAGCAGAAGCCAUUUGUGGAGAAGAAGUAUGUGGAAAUGUUACUAUUCCAUACCCAUUUGGAAUCAAAAGAAACUGCUAUCCUCAUCCUUCGUUUAGAGUAAGUUGCCAGGAGAAUAAGCCUUUCAUUAACAUAAAUGGCAUCAAUCUGGAGCUACUCAGUUCGUUUUUCGAGAACACCGUUAACGUCAAUUAUCCAGUAACUUACGUUAACUGUGACCGUAAACUCGGCAUCACCGGAGCCGACGUCGAUCUAGCUGGCUCUCCGUUUUUCUUACCAGGUUAUUACAACUAUUUCGGCUCGGCGGGGUGCGGGAAUUGGGCUACUAUCUCUACUAACCGAGGGGAUUCCGUCGUCGGUUGCAUGCAACCGGUAUGCGGCAGCGACGGCGGCGGCGGCUUCUAUACCGAAAUCGUUGGAACCUUUACUUCAUAUAGUGUAAGCACGAGGAACAUGAAUGGCAGCGAGAGGAGGAGCUGCGCAACUGCUUUCAUGUAUUGCAGUGCCUAUUUCGAUGCAGUUUACCCAUUGCCCGUUGAAAUCAACAGUGCAACCACGCAUGUUCCUGCAACGCUUCAGUGGGAUUCCACCUCCUGCGGUGAUAAUGGUUGCGAAGUAGGCAGACCUGAUAUCAUCAACGAAAACUCUUGUGGGGAUGUUAAUUUUGAAUACCCAUUUGGUGUAAGAAGCCGAAAGCAUUCGAAAAGCAGGUUCGAAGUGAUGUGCAACGAAACUGCCGAUGGGGAGCAUACGCCUUUCAUAAACAUAAACGGCAUCGAUCAGCAAAUACUCGAAUUCUCAUUUUUUCACGGUACCGUUGUGGUGAACCAUUCAAUAACUUAUUUCAACUGCCGCCGAAACAAUAACAAUGGGAUGAGUCUCAACCUGAAAGGCACACCCUUUUACUACUCAGAUAUUCACACCAUAUUCUGGUCGCCAGGCUGCGGAAAUUUGGUUACCGUUUUCGACGAAACAAAACGAAAUCAUAUCGGUGGAUGUUCGCAACCGAGUUGUAGGAUCCGGAAGGAGACUUCCUCCACUACUGGCUGCCGUGUUGUUAUUCCUCGAGGUCUCAAUUCAUUCUUUGCAAACAUGACUGAUGCGGUUAAUUCUAGUGACCUUAGAAGCAAAAGAUCUUGUGGAUUUGCUUCUCCUGUUUAUUCAGAUUUGUACUAUAAUUUGACCGAAUCGUCCGAAGAUAUCGAUACGAGUGAUUGGACCUAUGUUUCUACAUCACUGCAAUGGGGCACUCCGAAACGCGGAUCGUGCCGUGUGAAUCAAGGCUCAGACACUUCUUGUAGCUCCGAUGGUCAAUAUUGCUGGAACAGUUUGAACUCUACUCAUCUAUGUGUAUGUGCCGUGGAGAGGGUUAACGGUCAGGAGACGUUUUGCGAAGGUACACAACUUAACACGUUUUCGAUUACUGUUAAUAAAUGA